CGCCGACUCUAGUCCAAAGUCCGCCAUUGUUUACGGCGUCUUUUAUCCGCCCCUUGCUCCUUCGUUUUCUCUAGUUUGGAUUUUGCCUUCAAACGUUGCUUCAAAUCUAUUCUAAAAUCAUUUUAAGAAGUGGAAAAAAAAAAAGAAAGAAAGAAAAAUUCUGGCAAAUCGAUUUUUGAGUAGCCAAAAAGGAAGUAUCGGUAAUAGUAGGUUGAAUUUUUUUGUUAUGUGGAUAUACAGGUAAUUCCUUGUUCACUUAUUCUUAUCUCUAAUUACGUUUGUAUUUGUAUUUUGCAUUCUUCCUCUGUUUCGAGGAUUUGGAUUUGGAUUGAGAAAAACUAUGCUUUAAGAAGUUUUCUUGGUUGUUGACUUUUCAUUUGGGGCUUGAAUUUUGUAGAUCGGGCUUGAUUCUUGAUUGUUAAGGGUGUCGGAGUCUGCUCCUGCGGUUUUAAUUGGAUAUUGGGGGGUUUUCAUACAUUUUCCCCUUCGAUUUUGUGACAAUUCGUAGAUAUGCGACCAACGAAUUUUUCUUUUUUUUUUUGGGUGUAAUUUUUUAGCGAGUUUUGUAUUAUGUAUUGUGUUUCUGUCGAAUUUGGAGCUAUAAACUGUUUUGUUGUUGACUAAGUUAAGGAUAUAAAGUUCUUAAUUUUUACAUUCGGCUGUCUUGAUUACGCAUGAUGCCCCCUGCUCAUAAAAGAUUAGAACUGCUCAAGAGAGCUUCUUGUUUGCUUGGAAAUCUAAUUUCAUUAUGCUUUGCUGUCUUAGCAUGGAAGUCCAGUACCUGUUAGCUUUGACCAUAUCUAGGUUUUUGGUUUUUGUACUGCUCAUAUUGAAGAAGACAUCUUUCUGUUAUUUCCUUUUCUUUUAUCAGUGUUUUGCUGAGACAAGGUUUGUAUGCUAUUACUGAAAAUUUCAUCAUCAGGAGCAGAGCUGUGUCCGCCUGUAGAGUGAAUAGAGAAGUAGCAUUUUCUUCUUCAAUUAUAUUGAGGUCAUAGAGAGGAAAACAUGUACAAUACGAACACUAACUGCAGUACUCGGAAAUGCAAAUUAUUCUUGAUAUCAUGAUUCGCCAUUGCUGCUCCAGUCUCUUUAAUAGUGCUCAAGGUUUAGAGUUUAUUUGAGUUCCGUGUUUGAGGUUUUGGAUUUCAGCUUGUUUAUAGAUAUUGCUGAAGUAGAUCCACAUGGAAACAAAUACUGCAAAGGCAUUGGAUAGAGCGGUGCUUAAUUUGAAACGAAAGCAGGCUACUCAAUGUGAUGCAAAAUUAAAUGGAGCUUUCCACACUGUGCUACCUCAUUGGUCAUCCUUAACUUUGCCAACAAACAAUUAUGUUAAGCGGAGGAGAUUGGGUGAACAUACAGGCAAGGAUACCAACUAUGGGUCUCAUUUCAGACAAUCCUUACUUAGAUGUUAUUUGAACUUCAAAAAAAGUGGGAGGCCAGAACGGUUAAUGUUCUAUCAGAGUGGUGAAUGGACAAACUUCCCUGAUUAUGUUGUCAACCUGGUUAGAAAAGAACUAGAGAUAAAGAAGGCUUCUGUGGAAGUAGAGUUCAAUGGCUGUCAUCUUGUGCUAGAUUUUCUGCACAUGUAUCAGAUGGACUUGAAAACUGGUUCACAGCAACCUAUUGCAUGGAUUGAUGAGAAGGGGCGCUGCUUCUUUCCUGAAAUUUGUGCUGCUUCUGAUGAAAGAGUUCAUGAACAUCUGUGUGAGGAGCCUUUCGAAUCUAGUGAGAUCAAAUUGUAUCUGGAAAUUGAAUUAAAUGGAGUGGAUGAAUCCAAGUUGAGGGAAUGUAGUGGCGAGUCAAAUGUGGUACUAAAGCAUAUCCAAAUUGAUGCAAAGCACCCCUGCAAUCAGUAUGGUGUAGAAGUUGAAGAUGGUAGUAAUGAGAUAGAUGUUGGAAAUUUUGGCGAAGCUAUUGAACAAAAUCAAGAGAUAGGUUUAGAUGCACAUACUGAAUCUGUAAAUGGAAAAUUGGAUUUGGAUACUGUACAGGAUAUGUUUCUUAAGGGCAUGAAUAAUUAUGGCAUUAUUGACAUAGUGGAGAUAUACCGCUGCUCAAGCACGUUCAUGCAAUCACGAUUGCAGUUAUUCCAGAAGCAGGCUGAAAUUACAAAGAAGUGCCGUGCUGAUGCUAAUAUUCGAUAUGCUUGGCUUGCUUUGUCAAAAGGAGAACUGUCAACAAUCAUGAAGUAUGGGCUUGGGCAUUGUGGUCUAUCUGCAACUAAAUCCACUUAUGGUGCUGGUGUUCAUCUUGCAGCUGUUGACUGUCCUGACAUGAGUGCAAUUAAUUGUGAUGUUGACGAAAAUGGGGUACGGCACAUGGUGUUUUGUCGUGUAAUAAUGGGGAACAUGGAGCUUCUCUGUCCGGGCACUAGGCAAUUUCAUCCCAGUAGUAAUGACUAUGAUAGUGGGGUAGAUGACAUUCAAAGUCCGAGAUACUAUGUAGUAUGGAAUAUGAAUUUGAAUACUCACGUCUAUCCAGAAUUCGUUGUUAGUUUCAAGGUUUCUUCUGAUGCUGAAGGGGAUCAUUUUGGCAAUGAGAGUAAGCAUAAUGUUUCCGGAGUUACUACACCCUAUAAAGGUCCAGGCCUGUUACAAUCUGAGUCUUCUACUGUAGAUAUAAGUAUUAGUCAACCAACUUUAGACCGCGGGAUUCCUCAAGGUAAAGCUGCUAACAUGAACUCUAGAGCUUCAAGCGGUCCAAAAUCGCCUUGGAUGCCUUUUCCUAUGCUCUUUGCUGCGAUAUCGGACAAGGUUUCUCCCAUUGGCAGGGAGCUUAUCAAUACUCAUUAUGAACAAUUCAGGGCAAAGAAGAUAACCCGUGAUGAUUUUGUGAAGAAGUUGAGAUUGAUAGUUGGAGAUACUCUCUUGAGAACUACAAUAACAAAGCUUCAGUACAAGAUACCAUCUGAAUCAGUGUGUGAAUCGGGCGAAAGUCAAUCGGCUACACAAAGGCUGAGGCUGCCUUGAUGCGAGGGAGGUAGAGAUCUCUGAUUCUGCGCUUUUGGCUGAUAUCUACCGAGUGUCAUAUCAAUUAUUUAAACGUUUGAAAUGCGUCGACAUGUAUCUGUGAAUAUGUUGUGGCUAAUAACUUGGCUUGAGUUUGUGAUUCAAGGACUUGUUUGAAGCUGGAUCAUAGUUGCUACUGAUUGUCCAUUAGAGUUGGCAAUGAAUUACGUGAUGGUGCAAUUUUUUUUAAAGUCCAAUUCCUACCUC